AAGCGUUUAUAGAGAGGUGCACGCUGAUGUUAUAAUGAAAAGUUAUAACAGCGCAAAAGGUAUAUUUUGAGGAAACCUAGUAAAGCAAAUAAAAUUGAUAUAGAGAAUAGUCAAAAUGCUUCUCAACUACAUCAUUUUUUCGCUGUGUUCUUUUUCUAUCUUAUGAUUUAUCCACUGAUACUUGGGUAUAACAAUUAAGUUGCUGACUCUUAACCCACAGUUCUAAUGGAUAUUCUGAACGUUUGUGAUGUAAAGCAGUUCAACAAAUCCACCUAAGAAAAUGAUCUUAUAAACUGAAAAUGGCAGUUUUAAUUUUGUAAACUAAUACUUGGCUUAUAAAAGGAAUUUAAAAUGUUAACGCACUUACAUCGUUAUUCACACAUUGCAAGAAAUUUUUCGACAACAGUCCGAGUUUUUGUUAAAUUGGAGGCUGAAAUUUAUGAACAGAUUGAGAAAAAUGAAUUGAAACCUAGAAAGCACCCAGGUAUUUUGAAACGGCCUGUUUUCAGCUUACCUCAAGAUGUGAUGAAAGCCAUUGACAUUGUUAUAGGAGAUACACCGAGGCAAAUGUUGAUAAAGGAAGGGUAUGAAUUCUCUAGAUUUUUAUUCUCAAGAAAAGAACCUCCAGAGAAAGAUGUCAUUCUACAGAAAAGGCAAGAGUGUCAUUCUGAAGUUGUUGAUACAGUGGCAGUCAAUUUAAAUGAUAUGGAUGCUGACGAGAAAAAAUAUUACUCGCAAGUAAUAAAAACUAAAGUGGAUAUUCUCUUAAAACAAAGGUUGUACAAUUGGCAGAAAAUUGAAUAUGCAAGGCACAAAGGACUGGUUUAUCUAUUUUCAAGGGCCGCCCCAGAAUUUGCAGUCCUGUCUCAAAUAUUUCAUGAGAUAUCUUUGUGCCAUGAUUUCAAGCCUAAGACAUUGUUCGAUUUCGCUUCGGGUGUGGGAACAGUGAUAUGGGCUGCUAAUUCGAUUUGGCCUAAAACGUUGAAGCAUAUUUACACCGUUGACUCUUCAUCUGAUAUGAAUGAUCUGUCUUAUGAUAUAUGUGCACUUCUUAAAGAUAAAUCGUUGAAGGAUAAAAUUUUCCAAAGGCAGUUUCUCCCUGCAUCUAUGAAAGAAAAUUAUGAUAUAGUAACUUGUGCUUAUACUCUUUUGGAACUUCCAUCUUUGACAACUCGUCUUGAGACAAUAUUAAAUCUAUGGCAGAAAACUAAACAUAUUCUUGUACUUGUUGAACAAGGAACAAACUCUGGUUUUAAAGUACUGAAUGAAGCUAGAGAUUUUAUAUUAGGACUUAAUAAAGAGAAUGAACAGUAUUCUUCCCAUAUUUUGGCACCAUGUCCGCAUGAUUUUCCAUGUCCAAGUGCUAAUAAAAAUUCAGUUUGUCGUUUUGAAGCUAAUUAUAUGAGUGUAAAGCUCUCUAGUCGUGCACAAGGCAAAGAAUAUUAUUCUUACGUUGUAUUUGCAAAGGGAAUGAGAGAGGUUAACGAUAAGCAAUGGCCAAGGAUUAUAAGCCCUGUUCUUGUCAGAUCACGUCAUGCGAUCUGUCGUUUGUGUACUAAAUUUGGCACUCGUCAAGAAGUAAUCAUCAGCAAUGGGAAACAUGGAAAAAUCACCCAUCAUUGUGCACGCUCAAGUUCAUGGGGAGAUAGAUUACCUAUAGAAUUAAAACCUGAGGAACCAAAAAGUGAAAGUUCUAGUUAGUUUUAAAUUUUUCAUCUAACUGUUUAUAAUAUAUUCUUUCAAAAAUA